GAAACUUUACUGGUGAUACUGGUGAUGCUCGUGAUACUUGUGAUACUCGUGAUACUCGUGAGACUGGUGAACGGAGGGGUUGAAAGCUUAAAAGACCGAUACCAAUUCUAGAUACUCACAUUUUAUCGUUUUCAUCUUAACGAGACACAACUACCUGAAACCCUGAUACUACUCAACAAAAUAAUAAAUUAUUUAUUAUAUUAUUUUAAAAUAAAUUUCAUAAAUUGUUUUAUACAGUGAGCGUUUAAUAGUAAUUUAUAUACUAAUAGUAUAAUGAGUGGAUCGGGAAAAAGUCUUUUGGGUAUGUGGCUUUAUCGCCGAGGUGAAGAAUGGACUCUCAAAGAGGGUAGUCCAUUACAUAAAUCAAAAAAUGUUCCGAUUGUUAAAAAUAUGAUAGAAUCAGAUAAAAAAAAUUCAGUUGUAUUUUCAUUGAAAAACCAAAUUGGUGGACUAGCUCGAGCUCUUCAAGUUUUUCAAGACUUGGGUGUAAAUGUAGUACAUAUAGAAUCACGUAAAUCAGUAAGACGUGGUUCAGAAUAUGAAAUUCUUGUUGAUGUUGAAUGUGAAUCAAAGAUGAUGGAACAACUUACGCGAAUGUUAAGUCGUGAAGUCGCUGCUAUAAAUCUUGCACAGUAUGAACAAACUGGUAGUAUACCACAUCCACCAUUAUUAUCUGCAGCACCUAGUUUUGAUUUUAGUCAAGUUGACAUGCCAUGGUUUCCUAGAAAAAUUGGAGAUCUUGAUCAAGCUCAAAAUGUUCUUAUGUAUGGUACUGAAUUAGAUGCUGAUCAUCCAGGUUUUAAAGAUCCCGUUUAUCGUAAGAGACGACAACAAUUUGCUGAUAUUGCUAAUAAUUAUAGACAUGGACAACCAAUACCUAAAAUUAAAUAUACUCAAGAAGAAAUAAGUACAUGGGCAACAGUUUUUCGUGAACUAUAUCAGCUGUAUCUGAAGCACGCCUGUAAAGAAUAUUUAGAAAACUGGCCAAAAUUAGUUAAAUAUUGCGGUUAUAGAGAAGACAAUAUUCCUCAACUUGAAGAUAUUUCAGUAUUUUUGAAACGAAUGACUGGUUUUCAAUUACGUCCAGUUGCUGGAUAUUUAUCACCACGUGAUUUUUUAGCUGGAUUAGCAUUUCGUGUAUUUCAUUGUACUCAAUAUAUACGUCAUUCAUCAGAUCCAUUUUAUACACCAGAACCGGAUUGUUGUCAUGAAUUAUUGGGUCAUAUGCCACUUUUAGCAAAUCCAAGCUUUGCACAAUUUUCACAAGAGCUUGGUUUAGCUUCUUUAGGAGCUUCUGAUGAUGAUAUUAAUAAAUUAGCAACUCUUUACUUUUUCACUGUGGAAUUUGGAUUAUGUAAGCAAGAAGGUGAUUUACGUAUUUAUGGAGCUGGAUUGUUAUCAUCGGUUGCAGAAAUGAAACAUGUAUUGGAGACUAAAGAUAAAAUAUUUCGUUUUGAGCCUGAUGUUACUUGUAAACAAGAAUGUGUGAUUACAUCUUACCAAAAUGCUUAUUAUUAUACUGACAGCAUUGAGGAAGCAAAAGAAAAAAUGAGAGCAUUUGCUAAUGAGAUACAACGUCCAUUUGGUCUACGUUAUAAUGCAUACACCCAAUCUGUUGAAGUACUUACCGAUGCACAAAAAAUAACAGCAUUGGUUAGUGAAUUACGUGGUGAUCUUUGCAUUGUAUCAAACGCAUUGAAAAAAAUUCACGAGCAAGAUGAUACCGUCGAUGUAGAAAAAAUAACAAGUCUUUUGACUCAAGGAAUUAACUUGACACAUGACCUAUCAUCAUCAUCAUCAUCAUCAUCAUCAUCGGAUACUGAUGAUGGUGAUAAAAGCCCGAACAUCGAUCAUAUUAAAAAUAUAGAGACUCCUUGUGUAGAUCCCUCUGACAAUAAUCAAGAAUAUUAUCCAGAUCCUAAUAUUCUCAAUCGAUUACGUUAAAUAAAUAAAAAAAAAUAUAUAUAUAUAUAUAUAUAUAUAUUUUUUUUUUUAAUUAUUCAAUAUAAUAAUAUUAUUAAUUAUUUAUUUAAUUAUCAUAUAUGUAUUAUUAGCAUAAUGUGUGUACUUGUUAAAAUGCUUCUGCUUAAUAUAUAAACACACAAUAUUCGUAAGUGUCAUAUAUACUAAUUGCAUCAUAAUAAUGUAUACUAGUGUCCGAUAAUUGAAAACAAU